AUGACCGCUGAGCUUGUGGCGCUUCCAAAGUACUCGAUAUUUAGCAUCUGCUCGCCUGUCUGUGCUAUGGGUCAUAGCAACUCCAUGAGCCCUGUUAAGAACGGCAACAACGGACGGCCUUGCUCCUCCUUAUCGCCGUCCACUGCGCCGCCAGAGCGCGUCGAAAACCUUGGCGGGUCGGCCAUUGAGGUGCUGGAGAAGCCCGUCCACCACGACAACCCUGUUGAACCAGUGCGUGUGAAGCUGCAAGACCCCGUUGGAUACCCGUCCGACUCUCUUUGGUCGUCAGAAGGACUCAAAUCGCGCUCCUCCCUGCUCUUCUCCGUGCAAGCUCUGAGCGAGCACCCAGUCAGCUUCUCACUGCGUGCCCCACGAGUCCAGUCUAUGGCGGACUCUUGCUCCGUCCACAGUGUUCAGACCACACCGCCCACCGACUCAGACGAAGGCGAGAUAGUGGCGGUGGACAAUCAAGAGGAAGACCACAGUCAGGAUGAUGCCCUAUCUUUGAAUGCUGGAGAGUUGCCAACAUUGUGGGGAACGACAUCGAAGCAGUCUAGCAAGGAUAACCAACCCAUUGACAACCAGGAGUCCGAGUCGGCUGAACUUCCACUGAAUAUGCAACUCGAAGAUGACAAGUGUGUGCUGUCUCAACGUCGUGAUCACCACUCGGUGGAUAUUUGGAAGAACCCGCACGACGAUUUUGAGGACAGUGACUUCACUUCAAUUGUGAGUCCCAUUCCCUCCCCUGAUAAGCAGAGUUUUUUGCGCUCAAGCACCGAGUCUGCCCCUGCAAGGCGAUCACGUGGCAACAGCAGAGUUUUAGGCGACCGUAUACCUCCGGGAAUGUCACUAAUUGAUCGAAUACAAGAAGACUUUCCCCGCACACCAUCGCCCGAAUAUGGGCAGCUUGAAGACGGUGGUUUGCCUGCUCGAUAUUCUUUCGGAGAUGCAGAUCAGGAGGAUCAGUCUGUAUUCGGCGUCAAUGAAGGAAUGGGGCUGCUGAAGCUUGGCAACUACCGCUCAGCACAGCCUGGUCACGAUUUCAAGGAUUUGUCGCAUCACACUUCUGACCCCAGACUUCCUGGGGUGAACACUUACCGUUAUUCGUUCAGUAGAAGAACCAGUGAGCCUCCUUUCGGAAAGCCUUACCGUGGAGCUACGACGCAAGGCUACUCAUCGCCUUAUGGCAUAGAAGCUCAAGGAGCACAGAGCUACCCCAUAGUAAUGGGGGCCACCAAGUCUCGAUGGUCUGCCAACGAGCAUAUACACUCGUUCCAAUCGUCCGCAUUUGGUUUCGCACCAUCGGCUUUCGCAAUUCCGCAUCCCAUUUACGGUUCGGCUACGCCGGCUUACCCUGUUAACUACACAGGAGAGCACGGAAGUGGGAAAUACACUGACAAAUUGUUCACAGCUCGCCCAUCGUAUCCUCUAGUUGAUCGUCCACUGUAUGAUCUUCAUGACUUCGGAAGCUACCUGCCUCAUUCUCAGAUGCUCCAUAGGCCAAUUUUUGGAGGACCUCAGCAAAAUGAUUUCGAGUAUUUUCACCCGGUCGCGCACUCAUACUCGUCCAAUAGCCUUUUGGAGGAGUUCAACUCGGCACCGAAAUCAGAGAAAUGGGGGUUAUCUGCCAUCAAAGGACACCUUUUUCUCUUUGCAAAGGACCAGACAGGCUCACGGUUUAUUCAGCAGAAGCUGGAGAAGGCUGACGAACGCUUGAAAGCUGACGCAUUCAACGAGAUAUUCCCAAAUUCGCUCUUACUCAUGACGGAUGUGUUCGGCAACUAUGUGAUUCAGAAGUUUCUUGAGUAUGGAUCUCCGGAGCAGCAGCAGCUGCUGGUGGAGUUGAUGACUAGAAAUAUGAUCAGUUUGGCCCUGCAAGUGUACGGAUGUCGUGUGAUCCAGCGUGCGCUAGAGGUGACCCAAGUAGAAGAACAACUCGCCCUAAUCCGACAGCUGAAGGGAUAUGUGACAAAGUGCGUUGUCGACCAGAAUGGCAACCAUGUUCUGCAGAAAUGCAUUGAAGCAGCAUCGUGGAAAAGGGCGGCUGAGUGCACCGGAUUGGAACCGCAACGUUUUGUGACGGGAAAGGAUAUCCAGUUCAUCAUCGAUAGUUUUGUCGGCAAUGCUGCAGUACUCUCCACACAUUCGUACGGGUGCCGUGUUAUCCAGCGCGUGUUGGAACACUGCGCACCCGAUCAGAUUCGCCCCCUGCUGAGUGAGAUCAUCUUCAAGUGCCGCGAGCUCGUGAAGGACCAGUUUGGCAAUUACGUUGUGCAACAUGUCAUUAGUCACGGCGAACUCGACCAACGCAAUAUUGUCAUGCAAGCAGUGCUUCCUGAAAUCGCACGAUGGAGUCAGCACAAGUAUGCCAGCAAUGUCGUGGAAUCCUGUUUGGAGCAUGCGACAAAUGAAGAGAUUAGUCAAAUUGUUGACUUUAUCCUUCAGUGUGACGAGAGUGGAGCGUCUUGUGCACUGCUUCCCAUGAUGAAACACAUGUACGGGAACUACGUGGUGCAAAAACUGCUAGAGCGGGCAGAUGAUCACGACCGCCAACGCAUUGUAUGUAUUGUUCGACACAACGAGGACUAUCUGAAGCGCUUCACGUUUGGAAAGCACGUUUUAAGCCGGCUAGAGCGCGAGGAGCAGGCGAACAAGUACUUCUGA